AUGCCUCUCUAUCAGUAUAUCGCCAAGCUUGCUGGUAAGGACACUGAGAAGUUCCUCAUGCCCUGCCCAUGCUUCAAUGUCAUCAAUGGUGGUAAACACGCUGGUAACCGUCUUGCUUGCCAGGAGUUUAUGCUCGUCCCCUGCGGUGCUUCCUCCAUUCACGAGGCUAUCAGGAUCGCCUCUGAGGUCUAUCAUGAGCUCAAGUCGGUGAUCAAGGCCAAGUACGGUCAGGAUGCCACCAACGUCGGUGAUGAGGGUGGAUUCGCCCCCAAUAUUCAGGACAUGGAUGAGGCCCUCUCCGUCCUCUUAGAGGCCAUCAAGAAGUCUGGCCAUGAGGAUACCUGCCGUAUUGGUUGCGAUUUCGCUGCCUCUGAGAUCUAUGACGCCAAGACUGGCAAGUAUGACCUCGACUUCAAGAACCCCGAGCCUCAUGCCGAUGCCGAGUUGACCGGUGAUGAGUUCAUCAAGUACCAGGAGGAUCUUAUGAACAAGUAUCCUUUCGUCUUCAUUGAGGAUCCCUUCGAUGAGAACGAUUGGGCGACCUUCGCCAAGUUCACCGCCAAGGACGGUAAGGAGAUCCAGAUUGUCGGUGAUGAUCUUCUUGUUACCAACCCCAAGCGUAUCCAAAAGGGUAUCAACGAGAAGUCUGUGAACGCCCUUCUUCUCAAGGUUAACCAGAUAGGUUCAAUCACCGAGUCUAUCGAGGCCAACAAUAUGGCCGUUAACGCCGGCUGGACCGUCAUGGUUUCCCAUCGUUCCGGUGAGACUGAGGAUACCUUCAUCGCCGAUCUUGUCACUGGUCUUGGCACUUGCCAAAUCAAGACUGGUGCCCCCUGCCGUACUGAGCGUCUUUGCAAGUACAAUCAGCUUAUGCGUAUUGAGGAGGAGCUCGGUGAUAAGGCCACCUAUGCUGCGGGCCGCAAUUUCCCUCGUUGCCAGUAA